AUGGAUCCAUUCUCCGCAGAGGGCGAGCUCCUCAACAUCCACAGCGCCUUCCACUCAGGCCAAUACCAGAGUGUGCUCGACUUCGAUGCUUCCGUGCUGUCUCCCGAGAACAAGCUUCCCGCCCAGGUUCUCAAGCUCCGUGCCCAGAUUGCUCUCGGCCAGUAUGAUGAAGCCCUCGCCGAACCCUCCAUUGAAGAAGAUAGCCCCGACCUGUCGGCCGCCAAGGCCCUGGCCCUCCAGUCUUCCGGCAACGAUGAUGCCGCUUUGCAAUUGGCGCAGGAGCUCGCUGAAAACUACCCCGAUAACAACACCGUCCAAGUCCUAGCCGCUACAGUACUUCAGGCGCAGGGUCUCAGCGAGGAGGCGCUGGCGCUGCUCGCCAAACACCAGGGCAACCUCGAGGCUGUCUCCCUUAUCGUUCAGAUUCAGCUCCAGCAAAACCGAACCGAUCUUGCGCUCAAGGAGGUCCAGGCCGCUAAGCGCUGGGCGCAGGACUCGCUGCUGGUCAACAUCGCCGAGUCGUGGGUUGGAUUGCGCGUUGGCGGCGAGAAGUACCAAUCCGCAUUCUACGUCUACGAGGAACUGGCCUCCGCACCCAGCACCUCCGCACCCCUAUCGAUCGUUGGCCAGGCCGUCGCCGAGAUCCACCUUGGCCGUCUGCCCGAAGCUGAAGCCGCCAUUACCGCCGCCCUUGAGAAAUACCCCACUGAUGUGGAACUGAUUGCCAACAGCAUUGUCUUGAAUGUGUUGGCUGGCAAGCCAUCCAAGGAAUUGGAAGCCCAAUUACAGCAGGUCCAGCCCGCACACCCCCUGCUCGCCGAUAUCCAGGAGAAGAGCGAGUUCUUCGAUACCUCGGCGGCCAAGUUCUCCGCCAAGGCCUCAUCCUAG